CGCGAGAGCGCGCAAAAGUUCUCGAGUUUCAGGGACACCAGCACGAGGAGGAGGAGGAAACUACGCUGAAGGUGGAACAUUGCCGCAAAAACAUUCCCCCCCUCUUCUCACAAUGAUAACGCCGCUCUGAGGAGUCUUUUUUAACGCCGUCGCCGCCAUGUUUCGGGUCCUGGCCAGCGUCUCUUUUCCGGCUGCUCGCCGCCAGCCCAAAGUGUCCUAUGACGUCACCAGCAGACGCGCGCACAGUGCUUCGUACGACGUGGCGCUGGUGGGCGGCGGCAUCGUGGGCUUGGCCACGGCCAGGGAGCUCAUCCUGCGACAUCCUGCGCUCAACUUCAUCCUGCUGGAGAAGGAAAAGGAACUUUCCGUCCACCAGAGCGGCCACAACAGCGGUGUGAUCCACAGCGGCAUUUACUACACGCCGGGAUCUCUUAAAGCUCGUCUGUGUGUUCGAGGAGCCUCACUGGCCUACGACUAUUGUGACAAAAAGGGGCUGCCGUACAAGAAAUGUGGAAAACUUAUUGUGGCCGUGGAGCAAGAAGAAAUACCCCGCUUGCAAGCUUUGUACGAGCGAGGACAGAAGAACAAUGUUCCUGGCCUCAGCAUCGUGGACGCCAAAGGGAUCCGAGAGCGAGAACCUUUUUGCAGGGGUAUCAUGGCGCUGGACUCGCCCCACACUGGCAUCGUGGACUGGAGGCAGGUGGCGCUGCGAUACGGCCAAGACUUUGAAGAGGCGGGGGGCAAAGUGCGGACUCAGUAUGAAGUCAGCGACAUCUCCGCCCUCAAAGAGAGCCCAGCAGGGGGCGCUGAAGGACUCAAAUAUCCAAUUGCCAUCAAAGACAAGAAGGGCAGCGAGGUGCGUUGCCGCUACGUGUUGACCUGCGGCGGUCUCUACUCGGACCGCCUGUCCCAGAUUUCCGGCUGCAGUCGGGAGCCGAGGAUUGUUCCUUUUAGAGGCGACUAUCUGGUCCUGAGGCCUGAGAAACACCACCUGGUCAAAGGCAACAUCUACCCGGUGCCCGACCCCCGCUUCCCCUUCCUGGGGGUCCACUUCACGCCGCGUAUGGACGGCAGCAUCUGGCUGGGCCCCAACGCUGUGCUGGCCUUCAAGAGGGAAGGCUACAAGGUCUACGACGUCAACGUGAGGGACAUGGCCGACGCCCUCUCCUUCAGAGGUCUUCAGAAGUUGGUGCUGAGGAACAUCACGUACGGCGUGGGAGAAAUGUACCGAGGCAUCUUCACCGGCGCCCAGGUCAAAAUCCUGCAGAAAUAUAUUCCGGAAAUUUCUUCCAGCGACGUUCUCAGGGGUCCGUCCGGGGUCCGUGCCCAGGCGCUGGACCGCGACGGCAACCUGGUGGACGACUUUGUGUUCGACGGCGGCGUGGGCGAUGUGGGCGGCAGGGUGCUCCACGUGCGCAACGCUCCCUCGCCCGCCGCCACCUCCUCGCUCGCCAUCGGCGAGAUGAUUGCCGACGAGGUGGAGAGCCGCUUCGCGCUGUGACCUCCACGCCUUCUGCCAAAAAAGAGACAUCUUUACCACAACACAAGCCCUAAUUUGCAGACGCGGCGUAUUUGACACCUUGGGAAGAAACGUUUUUGUCAUUAUUUCAUACUUGCCAACAUUCAGACCUCCGAUUUCGGGAGGUGGGGGGCGUGGUUAAGAGGGGAGGAGCCGUAGACGUUAUUGUCACAUAUGCAUGUACAGUAGAUGGCAGUAUUGUCCUGUUUAAGAGUGUAACAACAUUGCUGUUUACGGCAGACAAACUGCUUUACGUUAGACCAGGGGUCGGGAACCUUUUUGGCUGAGAGAGCCAUGCAAGCCAAAUAUUUUUAAAAGUAUUUCCGUGAGAGCCAUAUAAUUUAUUUAUUUUUAACACUGACUACAACUAUUUGCGUUCAUUUUUAAGAAAGACCAACAUUUUUAGAGUACAAUAAGUCUCUUAUUCUUUUUAAUAACAUUGUUAUUCUGAGGUUAACCAAAAAUAAAUGAAAUACUUCUUACCAUUUAUGCGACUUCUUGAACAGGUGCGGUAGAAACCGGAUGGAUGGAUGAAAAUGUUUUAUAUUUUGAACGUUAUUUUUGACACUGUGAUUACCAGCGGAAUUAUCGUGAUAAACAAUGUCAGCUAAGGUUUAUCUGAGAGCCAGAUGCAGUCAUCUAAAGAGCCACAUCUGGCUCUAGAGCCAUAGGUUCCCUACCCCUGCUGUAGACGAAAAGGUGACUGCUGUUGUUGUGUGUUGUUACCGGGAGGGUUGGCAAGUAUGCACUAUUUUAAAGUUUAUUGGAUGUUUUAAAAGGUGUCCCAAAUUGACAGUAACCGUCCUCGCCUCGCUUUGUGUUCCUUAAGGAUGCUCAUGUCAGUCAUGUGACCUCAAAGCUACAUUUGGACUGACAAAUAAAUAUUACUGUAUUUUUAUACAAUAAAUACUUAUUUCAAUUGC